CGGGCCUCCGUUGUUGCUCCGCGGAUCUGAUCAUGUGGUAGGAUUUGCGCAUGCGCGCGGUGUUGGGAGCUUAUGGAGAAGAUGCACACUGCCAUCAUCCCCGUGUAGCGCAGGAGAGCUACAGACCGGUCCCGUUUACCGCAGACACCACAGACUCUGUUGUCUCUCAGCACAGCUGCAUGUUGUAGUCUGACACAAGAAGCCCGAUGUCUGUGGCAAAUGCGAAACACACUGUCUUGAAUCCGGUGAUCCCAUACACAGGGCCCAUACCUGGAGGCCUGCACCCUGGGGAGAUCAUCAUCAUCCAGGGCACUGUGCCCCCAGAUGCUGACAGGUUUCAGAUCGACCUGUCGAGCGGCUGCAGCACCAAGCCCCGCUCUGAUGUCGCCCUCCACUUCAGCCCUCGCUUCAAAGGCUCGCCCUGUGUGGUGUGUAACACACUGCAGCAGGAGAGCUGGGGCAAAGAGGAAACGCUCCAUCAGCUGCCCUACAAACGCGGAGCUCCCUUUGAGACCAUCAUCCUGGUGCAUGAAGAUGUCUUCAAGGUGGCAGUAAAUGGCACUCACCUGCUGGAAUACAAGCACAAAAUCCCACUAAACAGGGUCGACACUUUUUCUAUUUCCGGGAAAGUCAGGGUGCACGCUAUCGGCUACAUCCCAAACUCAGCAAUAUAUUCAGAAUCAGGUGACUUGAGCCUCCCUUACAAAGGCAGUAUACUGAAAGGACUGAGCCCUGGACAGCACAUCACAAUCAAAGGACAGGUCAGCAUGUAUCCUCACAGUUUUACAGUGAACCUCCGGAACAGCAGGACGGAGAACAUCGCCCUCCAUCUGAACCCUCGAAUGAAGUCAGGAAUGUUCAUCAGGAACUCGUACCUGAGUGAAUCCUGGGGUCAGGAGGAGCGGGAGCUGCCCUUCUUUCCCUUCUCGUCAGGGGAAUACUUUGAGAUUCUCAUCCUGUGUCAGCCCCAUCAGUUCAAGCUGGCAGUGAACGGCUCACACUUGUUUGAGUUCAGACAUCGGGUGCAGGACCUGAGGAGCAUUGACCAGUUGGAGAUCAUGGGGGAUCUGGAGCUUAAUGAUGUGAAACUGUGGUGACUUGGGACUGUAGAAUUACACGGAAGCCAGCGUUACAGACACUCUUGGGUUCUGGUUAUUAAUGCUAAAUUAGCUUAGCUGCAAUGACCCAGACUAUGGAUGCUGAAGACGGCAAACCCUGUUCUGACUUCAGGUCUUGGUUAGUCUUGCAGCAACCACUGAUUUUAAGCUAGUCUAGCAUUUUUGGUGACUAAGGACCAUGGACAGGCUGAACCAUGGAGUAGUAAUGGUCCAUGUGAGAUGAGUGAUGCAUGAGAGUUAGCUGAUCUGGAGUGUAAGGCUGUGAGCCACCAUGACUGUUUACAGCUACAAGUUAGGUUUGCCUUGGUUCAUUUCUUCUUCUGUCUCUAGUGCAUCUCUGCUGUGAUACGCCCUUAGUGCACUGUUUAAUUAAAACAGGAAAUAUGUGUAAAUGUCAAUAAGCACUUGGCUUUGUUUAAAUGCCAAGACAGUCCGCAAACACAAACAAUUAAUCAAAUUGAAUGGCUCCAUUAUUCUGGAGCAUAGCCCAAUAAAGAAUAAUUUAUUGUACAGCUAAUUUCAAAAGCUUUUAAACAUUUUUCAUUUUUUAAUCAAAACAUUUUAAAUGUGGGUUCAAAAUCAUUUUCAUCUGCAAUUUUUUAUUUUUAAAUUGAAUAGGGCGUGCCUAUUUAGGGUAUACCCACUUUUCUUUUUUUCGCUC